AUGUUGCGGAGCAAGCCUUCCUCGUCAAUGCAAAAGACUUACGAUGAGGCGUAUCUGCAAUGUUCUACGGCGGUCUUUUUCGAAGGCCAGAGCAAUGAGACCGAGGCUCUCCGAUCAUGGAAGGCAGCGCUCGACCAAAUCGUCCAUUACAGGGCCUACAAACUCUCAUCGAAUUACUCUCCCCGGUCGGAAACAGAGCGGGCGCUAUACGACUCCCUGCGAGAACUGGAGAUACAGUGUAAGGAACGAGUCGAUCUCCUGGAGACUUUGAAGAGAAGCCGGGAAGAGUUGGGCAUAGAAUCUCGUAAGGAAGACAGGACAGAACCAAAGAACGGAGGCGGAGGCGGCAAUGGCAAUGGAAAUAUGAGCGGCAAUGGCAGCAGUGGAAGGAAGCGUCUCGGGAAGAACAGAGGACACCCGUCGAUAUCCACGCCCCCGACGUCUGAACAGCCUGGCUCGUGGCUUGGAGGAGAGACGAUACCACCAAUGCAAAUGUCUGAGCUACCCAAUGCGACACCCGCAUUGCCUCCACGUCCACCACUGGGUGUUACCAGGAGUAGCGAGACCGUGGCACAUGACAGCACUUCCCCUAUUUCACGGAUUCGGUCGUCGCCUUUGGGUCCUCCUCCCACCUUACCCGUCCCGAGCAUGAAGGCCUCAAGAAGUCCUAGUCCCGAUCAUGGCAGGAAAACGAUGCGGACAACACUACGCCCGGAGAGGAGGGGGUUCAUGAAGUAUCGAUCAACUUCGAACCGUGACAGAAGAACAGAGACUAUGAAAGCAGCUGGUCUGGCAUGGGAAUCUCAGCCACGGAAGAACUCUCAGCCCAACCAGAGGCCAGAUUCAGACCCCACGAUCGAAGCCAGACUCAGCGCAACAGCUGCAAGACGGAGUAUUGACCAAGAUGCGACAGCCAGAUACGAAGAGCAACGCAAGUCAAAUGCGUCGUCUCUGCUGAGUGUUCCUGAUUACUUGUCACAGCAUUCCACGCGUGACAUCCCAACCUCGGCUUCUGCACCACCACCAUCAUCAAUCAACAAAUCUAUGGAAAGCCUAAAAUUGAAUCCAGAUUCCGCACCUAGCCUGAUCGACCUCGAUUCGGAACCUGAGAAGACGCCUCCGAUUUCACAACAUAUGUCACCCGUCGGCCAAGCGAAUCCCCAAGUAAGAACCAGAUCUCCUGUUCAUUUGCCGAAAGCACCAGAGAUUACCUAUCGAAGAGAGUAUCCUCCGCGAGCACAUAACGUGCCCCAGCCUCUCGCGAGAAAUAUCCUUGAGAGAGCUUACCCAAAAGUUGGAUCUUCUGGUGGUGCGACGGGAAUAUCCCGCAAACCAGUUGGUGCGGCGGGGACAGCGCUUGAGACAAGAGGUCGCUCUCCCCAAAAAAGGGAUCCACAUUCUGACAGCGAAGACGACGCACCUAAACGAAACCUUGACAGGCCCAGACGAGGCCGUGGCAACAGGACCGCGAGUGCCAACACAAUCACUCCACCCUCCACGGAUGGGGAGUCUCCCGAAGAGGAUGGUCUGUCCCCAGAGGAGAAAAGAAUGGAGAACAUUCUCAAAAAUUUGCCCAAAGGAGUGGAUGAAAACGCCGCCAAGCAGAUCAUCAACGAAAUUGUUGUCAAGGGGGAUGAAGUUCACUGGGAUGACGUUGCCGGGCUUUCUGCUGCCAAAAAGGCGUUAAAGGAGGCAGUGGUAUACCCUUUUCUUAGACCGGAUCUGUUUAUGGGGUUGCGAGAGCCUGCGCGAGGGAUGCUCCUGUUCGGCCCACCAGGGACCGGUAAGACCAUGCUUGCAAGGGCUGUCGCUACUGAAAGCAAAAGCACAUUUUUCGCCAUCAGUGCUAGUAGUCUGACGAGCAAGUGGCAUGGUGAGUCAGAGAAGCUCGUCCGAGCCUUGUUUGCGCUGGCGAAGGCUCUGGCGCCGAGUAUCAUUUUCGUCGAUGAGAUCGAUUCCCUGUUAAGUGCCAGAAGCGGGUCGAGCGAGCACGAAGCAUCGAGGCGGAGCAAGACAGAAUUUCUCAUUCAGUGGUCGGACUUGCAAAGAGCAGCAGCUGGGAAGGAUACGACUGUGGGGGACGCUAGUCGAGUGCUGGUGCUUGCAGCGACAAAUUGCCCGUGGGACAUUGAUGAUGCAGCGAGGCGGCGAUUCGUGAGAAGACAGUACAUUCCCUUGCCAGAGGCAGAAACCAGGGAGACACAAAUUCGAACGUUACUUGGGCAUCAAAAGCAUGAUCUAGGGCCGGAGGACAUCGCUCGCUUGGUGGAGCUAACGGAGGGUUACUCUGGAUCCGACAUUACAGCUCUUGCGAAAGACGCCGCCAUGGGCCCCUUGAGGCAUCUCGGCGAAGCCCUGCUGUACACUCCCAAGGAGCAGAUUCGGCCAAUUCAGAUGAUGGAUUUCGAAGCCAGUUUGGCUAGCAUUCGACCGAGUGUGAGUAAAAAGGGAUUGGAAGAGUUUGAGAAGUGGGCCAGAGACUACGGUGAACGAGGCGGUUGA